UGCAGCCGGAGGGGUGGAGCCAGACACACCGAUACCCAAAAUCUCGCUUCUCCUCAGAAACGGAGCACUAGCUUGGCUUAUAAGGAUUUAUUAGAAGAGUGUUUAUAUCACCAGCAGCUGUGACGGUGAAUUAGGCGGAUCGGUGUUGACGUCGAUCUGCUGUGUUUUCACCGCGGACCCCUUUUCCAGCAUCGACGGACCUCUAGUCUCGAGCUCUCCUCUCUUUAACGGGAUUCACGCUUGCUGUAUAUCAGUAGUGUAUUUCUGCAAUGAACUGAACCAACAGGAAUAUUUUAAGGAAUAACCUGGGGAAAAUCAUGGAAUAAUACGAAUACAUAACAUUUAUUCAGGUGUGGUGAGCGAGCGAGAGCGUCAGGAUGCCGCUGGUCAAGCGCAGUAUCGAGCCUCGUCACCUGUGUCACACAGCUCUGCCACACAGCAUCAAGAACGAGCUGGAGUGUGUGACCAACAUCUCUCUGGCCAACGUGAUCCGUCAGCUGAGCAGCCUGAGUAAAUAUGCGGAGGAUUUGUUCGGCGAGCUCUUUAAUGAAGCUCACACCUUCACAUUUAGAGUGAAUUCGCUUCAGGAGAGAGUCGACCGCCUGUCAAUCAGCGUCACUCAGCUCGACCCCAAAGAGGAAAAGAUGUCUCUUCAGGACAUCACCAUGAGGAAGGCCUUCCGCAGCUCCACCGUCCAGGACCAGCAGCUGUUUGAGCGUCAGUCUCUUCCCGUCCCCAUGCAGGAGACGUACGAGCUGUGCGAACAACCUCCGCCGCUGAACAUCCUCACACCCUACAGGGAUGAUGGGAAGGAAGGGCUGAAGUUCUACACCAACCCGUCGUACUUCUUCGACCUGUGGAGAGAGAAGAUGCUGCAGGACACAGAAGACAAGAGGAAAGAGAGGCGGAAACAGAAGCAGAAGAACAUCGACCGUCCUCACGAUCCGGAGAAGAUCCCGCGAGCGCCUCACGACCGCAGGAAGGAGUGGCAGAAGAUGGCUCUGGGAGCGGAGCUCGCCGGAGACGAGGACAAACACAGAGACGCCAACGGAUCGGCAGCCUACCACGAGCACAGGCAGAUGUAUAUUGAUAAUAUGGAUGGGCCGUUCUCUCUGGCCGCGCUGCCGUAUUCUCAGAUGAAUGAAUUCCUGAACCGUACGGGAGAGAGAAACUACGGCCGCCCGCAUGAGCCACCGCCACCACCACCAACCUACCCCCCCGACACCAAACCAGCCUCCGUUAUCAGCUCCAGCUCAGGUUUCUCGGACAGCGUCACGCAGUCUCCGGCUCGCACACCUGUCUUCCUCAACUCCAAUGCCCCGCCCCCAGCCCCUCCCCCUUUACCCCCGCCCCCUCCUCCUCUGCCAGCCAGCCUAUCAGGUUCAAGAAUGCGUGGUUCAGCCCCGCCUCCGAUCCCUCCCUUACCUUCCCAGCACCCCCCGGCCAUCCCCCCUCCCCCCGCCCCCCUCCAGAUCGCCCCGGGAGUCCUGCACCCCGCCCCCCCUCCAGUAGCUCCGCCCCUUCACUCCUCCCCCGCCCGUGGACAGCUGGACAAGACUCCGCCCACAGCCGGAGACGGAAUGGUUUUGCCGCCGCCUCCCCCUCCUCCUCCUCUGCCCCUCCCAGGAAACAGAAGCUCCUCCCCCUGCUCAUCCUCAGGCCCGCCCACCAUGCCUUCCUUCCCAUCAGGAGCGGUUUCGUCGCCACCCACUCACUCGGGUCACGAGGUCAAGAGGUAUCCAUCCAACCUGCCGCCAAUCAGCGACGCCCGCAGCGUUCUAUUGGAGGCCAUCCGUAAAGGGAUCCAGCUGAGGAAGGUGGAGGAGCAGCGGGAACAAGAGGCCAAACACGAGCGCGUGGGGAACGACGUGGCCACCAUCCUGUCGCGCCGCAUCGCGGUGGAGUACAGCGACUCCGAGGACGAGGACGAGUUCGACGAGGUCGACUGGAUGGAAUGAGAGAAAGACGAACGUCACGGGAUCAAGAGUUUCAUGAAAUCUCAGCUAACCUUCUUCCCAGUUACAGUUUUCCCACAAACACUCUCCGAUCAGUCGCAGUCUAAUUCAGGAAACAUCAGGACUGCACACGACUGUAUUCCAUACUCCCAGAAUGCUUUGCUUUAAUGUUUUUUAACCACUUGUUGUGCAAUUGAUGAAUGAAAAUAACCAUGUUGGGGUUUUUUUAUCUGUCAUAUUUCUUCUUUUAUUCUUAAUAGGAAGAACAAAAGCGUUGGUUUGUUGUUAUAGUUAAGCGCGAGAGACGACAGCGGCCUCUUCUGGUCACGACAGGAACGUCUCAAUGUGUCAUAUCAGAAUGUGACGGAUAAUUAUUAUACUUUCUAUAUCAUCUGAACCCUUCUUCCAUUUCAGAGAUGUGAUGUUAGAUGUCCUUUUGUGCUUGUGAUGGACAAAGUCAAAGGAAAAAAAUGAAGGAACGUUUUUAUUAACGUGUCAAGAUGACUUAAAAUACAUAAGUGAAUCUCUUGUCCAGGUUAUAUUUCACCUCACAAUGAAAAAUGUAAGAAAUUAAAUUAAAAAUAAUAAUAAUAAUAAUUUCCCAUUA